UAUGUCAAGCCUUUCAGAGAAGAGUUGAAGAAAACUGAAACCCCGUUUUGAUUAGGCUAUCACUGGUUGACAGACAAAAAGGUCCCAAUUGAAUUGGAUUACAGCCUACUCUAUAUUUAGGCGAAUAUCAAUUGCAGAGAGAGAGAGCGAGAGAGAGAGAUUUUCUCUGUCAAUUUAUUGCGACUGCUCAAGAGUGUUUUAUGGGUAACUAGUUGGUCAAUCUUUCUAUUCAGAACCACUAGAAGACUGUUGGAACUGGACGAGAGGUAAAGACACCUGGAGCCAUACACUCGUGAUGAGGGCAGCAGCGCUUUCCUCCCCACCUAAUAGAGACUGUCAUGAGAGCGCAUCUGAGCAGUGGGAGGUUGAUCCUCAACCAUUACCAUCCACUGUCGUCGAUGACACCCAGUUUUUUAAUCCCCCAAUUUUAACCCGAUGUAUGACUCUGCCAGAUGCUUUGUACAGACGACGACAGAAUCCGAGAGGAGAGUGGUAUGAUAACACGGUGUACAGUGACACCGACCAACAAAUCGUCUCGAUGAAUACACACGAGGACCACAACGGUGCAUAUCAGUCUCAAGUAAAAGAAAUCCCUUGGAAUUCAGAUGUCGGGUUGCACCAUUUCAACAGCCAGUGGGAUCAUUCUGAGUACGAUCACAGCAACUCACCUCAGAAAACAGUUGAGACCAUGCACCGUAGAAAAACGACUGUGCGAGAGAAGGGCCGUCGGCAGGCUAUCCGUGGGCCUGCUUACAUGUUCAGUGAGCGGGGCACCAGUCUCACUUCAGAGGAGGAGCGCUUUCUAGAUGCUGCUGAGUACGGGAACAUCCCAGUGGUGCGUAAGAUGCUGGAGGAGUCCAAGACCCUCAACGUCAACUGUGUGGACUACAUGGGCCAGAAUGCACUGCAGUUGGCCGUGGGUAAUGAGCACUUGGAGGUGACAGAGCUGCUGCUGAAGAAGGAGGGGCUGGCGCGUGUGGGUGAUGGUCUACUCUUUGCCAUCAGUAAGGGCUAUGUGCGCAUCGUAGAGGCUAUCCUGGCCCACCCUGCAUUCGGGGGUGGGCUGCGCCUAACCCUAAGCCCCCUGGAGCAGGAGCUAAGAGAUGAUGACUUUUAUGCUUACGAUGAAGACGGAACACGUUUUUCCCAUGACGUGACCCCGGUCAUCUUGGCUGCACACUGCCAGGAGUAUGAGAUAGUGCACACUCUGUUGAUGAAGGGAGCACGCAUCGAGAAACCCCAUGAUUACUUUUGUAAAUGUAAUGAGUGUCAUGACAAGCAAUGCCGUGACUCGUUCAGCCACUCCCGCUCCAGGAUGAAUGCCUAUAAAGGGUUAGCCAGCGCUGCCUACCUGUCCCUGUCUAGUGAGGACCCUGUAUUCACAGCUCUGGAGCUCAGCAACGAGCUGGCUCGCCUCGCCAACAUCGAGACUGAGUUCAAGAAUGACUACAGAAAGCUGUCCAUGCAGUGUAAAGACUUUGUGGUGGGAGUGCUUGACUUAUGCAGAGACACGGAGGAGGUGGAGGCCAUUUUGAAUGGGGAUGUGGACCAAGCUCUGCCCGGUGAUCACAGUCGACCCUGCCUCAUCCGGGUCAAACUGGCCAUUAAGUACGAGGUCAAAAAGUUUGUGGCCCAUCCUAACUGCCAGCAGCAGCUUCUGACCCUGUGGUAUGAGAACCUAGCUGGACUUAGGCAGCAGUCUGUUGGGGUCAAAUGCUGGACAGUCCUGGGAGUGGCGAUCGGCCUUCCUUUCCUCGCCAUCGCAUACUGGGUCAUGCCCUGCAGUAAGUUGGGUCAGAUUCUCCGCAGUCCCUUCAUGAAGUUUGUGGCCCAUGCUGUGUCAUUCACCAUCUUCCUUGGACUACUGGUAAUCAAUGCAUCGGACCGCUUCGAAGGGGUCAAGAACCUUCCCAAUGAGACAAUAACAGACCACCCUCAUCAGGUGUUCAGGGUCAAAACCAGUCAAUUCUCCUGGACUGAGAUGCUCAUCAUGAAUUGGGUGCUUGGGAUGAUCUGGUCGGAGUGUAAGGAGAUCUGGGCUGAUGGGCCUAGGGAGUACAUCAUGCACCUGUGGAACGUGCUAGACUUUGGCAUGCUGUCCAUCUUCGUGGCAUCCUUCACAGCCAGGCUCAUGGCCUUCCUGAGGGCCUCUGAGGCCCAGCUGUAUGUGGACAUGUAUGUGCCCAACAUGCCCAACAUAGACCUGAGCAACGCCUCACUGCCACCAAAUGUAGCAUACUACACCCAUGCCAGGAACAGGUGGUUACCCUCCGACCCUCAGCUGAUCUCCGAGGGUUUGUACUCCAUUGCGGUGGUGCUCAGUUUCUCCCGCAUUGCCUACAUCUUGCCUGCCAAUGAGAGCUUCGGCCCACUUCAAAUCUCCCUCGGCCGGACGGUCAAGGACAUCUUCAAGUUCAUGGUCAUCUUCAUAAUGGUCUUCUUGGCUUUCAUGAUUGGCAUGUUCAAUCUAUAUUCCUAUUACCUUGGUGCCAAGUACAACCCCGCCUUCACCACGGUGGAGGAGAGCUUUAAGACUCUAUUUUGGUCCAUCUUCGGCUUGUCCGAGGUUAUCUCUGUGGUCUUGAAGUAUGACCAUAAGUUCAUAGAGAACAUUGGUUAUGUUCUCUUUGGCGUCUACAAUGUAACCAUGGUAAUCGUACUGCUCAACAUGCUGAUUGCAAUGAUCAAUCACUCCUAUCAGGAGAUUGAGGAGGAUGCUGAUGUGGAGUGGAAGUUUGCCCGUGCCAAACUCUGGCUGUCCUACUUUGACGAGGGGCGUACUCUGCCCCCACCAUUUAACCUGGUUCCCAGCCCCAAGUCCUUCUACUACCUAGCCCUGCGCACAAGGGCUUGUCUGGUGAGGCUGUGCAAGGCCAAAGCUCGUCACCAUGACAACCAGCAUGAGACAGCCAUGAUCAAUUUGCGAUUUAAGCUUAAUCAGUACAGACCUCAAACCAGGACACCAGGGCAGGAUGACUUCACCAUUAGAAAACCCAUCAAACAUCCUACUCGAUACCAGAAACUGAUGAAGAGGCUCAUUAAGAGAUAUGUGCUAAAGGCUCAGGUUGACAGUGAAAAUGAUGAAAUCAACGAAGGUGAGCUGAAGGAGAUCAAGCAGGACAUCUCCAGCCUUCGCUAUGAGCUCCUGGAGGAGAAGUCUCAGGCCACAGAGGAACUAGCUGACUUGAUCCAACAGCUUGGUGACAAGCUUAGCAAGAAUGCCAAGAAACCCUGAUGGGAAUUGAGGGGUGUUCUCUGUAUAAAACCUUCAAACUUAGAUUCAUAGUGUGUUGUUAAAUUCUGGGAUUGCACUCCACUUUGAGGUGUAGUGUAGGCUAGCUGUAGUUGUGUUCCUCUAUAUUAAAAUAUAUAUAAAUUCACAUUAAAUCAUUCUGCCUGUAAAGUAGUAGGAUAACCUAGGUGAAAUGCUGAUGAAUGUGUGUAGACAAGAGUAUUUUACAUUUGUAAAAAAAAAUGUUUGUAUUGAAAUAUUUAGACAUUUUUAAAUAAAAUAAUAAUUAUUAUUA